AUGUUUGAACCCAUUUUUUCUUUCUUUGGAGGACUAGCAACCAAAGCAAAGUCAAAAAUUAUUGAAAAAACAUUACAACCCAUCAUAGACUAUAAUUUUGAAAACAUUUUUGAAUAGAAAAUUGCUAUUAAAGAUUUAAAUAAAGGAAUUACAAAUGUUAAAUUAAACACAAAAUAUUUAAAUGGAAUGAUGAAAACAAACACCUUAAAAGAAUUUUCCAUUAAACUUAUAAAGCUUGAAAAAUUGUAAUUGCUAGUGAGUGAUGUUGACUUAACCUUGGAUUUAAAUACUUAAAUUAAAUAAGAAGAAGCUUUAGAAUCAUUAGAAGUUGAAGAUAUAAUGAACAAAAGUAUUCAAAAGUAAAUAGAGCAACUAAAAAAUGAAUUCUUAAAUUAAAAUGACGACACCUUUUUUUAAGAAGAAAUAAUAACUCCACCAGCUCAAUAAAAUGAACAAAAAUAACCUUCAUCUAAAAUUGUUUAGAUUUUAAGAAUAAUUGACAGCAUUUUUGGGAAUAUUAAAAUAGAUAUUUAAAAUUUAAGGGUAAAAUUUACAGGCAAAAUAAAACCAGAUACAGAAUCUAAUAUAUCCUUUCGAAUCAAUAAAAUCGAUUGCACUAUGUAAAAACCUUAAAAUAGCAAUUAAAUUCUUUUUUUAGCAUUUGUUGAUUAAAUAAAACUAUAUCUCGAUGAAAAUAAGUAAAUUGGUUAAAUAAACAAUGCUGUAAAAUUAGAUGUCUUUUUAACUUAAAAUACAGAACCAAAAAUAAAAAUUUAAGCUGAAUAACUUCAAAUAGUUGCUUCCUUAAGUUAAAUCGAUUAAAUAUCUUCAUUAUUUGCUUAGAGUGCAUAAGUUUUGGAAUAAAGAUAAACUGUUCUAAAUGAAGUUUUAAAAUUAAGCUCCAAUGACUUAAGGACAGGAAAUCUUCAUAAUUAAUAAUCAGAAUAACUUAGAAAAACUAUAAAUUUAAACAAAUAUAUGUUAGAAGAGUACUUUAAGAAAUCAUAUAAUUUGAAGUAUACAUUCAUAUAAGAAAUUGAAGAGAGCAGAAUUAUUGUUUAGGAUAUUUCAGACACUAAAAUUUAAGAUUUCUGUUCUUCAGUUAAACAAAUGAAUGAAUAAUAAGAAUUUUUGAACUUUUCAUUCAAAGGUUUAAUUCUGUAUAUAACCUCUACUGAGGUUGAUCAAGAAUUUAAUUAUUAAUAGCAAUACUUUAAGGUUAAUUUAGAAAACUAUUACUCAAUUUCAUUAUAUGAUAUUAGAGCAAUAAAAAAUAACAAUAAAUUAAAUAUAUUUGUUAAUUCUGCGUUCAUUUAUGAGUUAUAAAAGUUGGACCCUAGAUUCAAAAGCAUAAGAGAUUCAGUUUAGUAAGUGGAAUAAGAUUUUGAUAUCAUUGGAGAUUAAAAGUGUUUAUGCAAGAUUAUCUUGAAAACAGGAAAAGAUUAGUACUCUGGUUAGGAUUUAUUUAAAGAUGGUUGCGAAAUUCUAAUUGAAGAACCAACUAUAUUUGUAUCCUAAAUUCAAUUUGUUAGUCCAAUUAAACUAGAAAUUAUGGAUUAAACCAUUAAUAUGGAUAUGGCACCUUUUAACUUGAUCUUAGACUAAAAUUAACUUAAAUUUAUCAUGAGCAUUGUUGAUAUUAUCAAUGAUAACUAGCCUAAAACUAAAAAUCAAAAUAUAUCAAAGGGCAAAUUCUAACUAUCUAAAACGAAAUUUUCUGCCUAUUAUCAUGUUAAUGAAUCCUAGUCAAUUAUUAGUAGUACUCUACAACCUGGAAAUGAAGAUUAUGUGGAAUUAAAAUUUUUUGAUUUUUUCAUAACCACUCCAGAAGAUGAUAAACAGCAAUCCUCAUCAUAUUAAUAUAAGAAUUAAUUCAAAUUUGGAUGUCCAAGGAUUUCUGGAGUAGAUAAUUAAAUAUUAAUAAACAAUUUGAGUGGUUAUUUUGGAUCAUUACUCAAAAUUUCAACUGAAAGAUUAAAGUAAUUGGACGAAUAAAAUAAACCAUAAAUACUUAAAUACUUGAAAGAAUGUAAAUAAAGGUAAGCGCUACAUUUUGAAUUGGAAUUGGAAAAUGUCUAUUUAAAACAUGAUUAAUUAGAUAAUGUCUAUACAAUGAUUGCUUAGUUAAACUAAGUAUUCAAUGGUAAUUAGAAAUAAUAAUAAAACAAUUAAAAAAAACAAUAAAAUAUUUAUUUUUCCACUAAAAUCAAAACGAUUGAAGCUACGAUAUUUGAUACUCUAAUUUUUUGUUUCAAGCAAUUCAAAUAUUAUUUCACUAUUGAUUACCAUUUUAUAUUAUUAGAAGAUUUAAAUGCUUCUUUUAAAAAUAAUCCUUUAUUAUUGCUGCAGAAUUAAGUUUAAGAUAAAUGGGUAUUCAGUCUAAUAAUGAAAUAAAAUCGAAUCAAACUUGAAUUCUCAGCUCUCAAACUAAACUUACUAGAUUUCAAUUUUUAAAUAUUAAGUUCCUGUAUAAUAAGGUUAAUAAAGUCAGUAUAAUUGAUGAAUCCUCCUUAAUAACCAGAAGGUGAAAAAAAAUAAAUUUUAACUUCCUUUAAAUAAAUAAUAAUUGAUGCUUUGCCUUUUUACAAUGAAGAAGUUAUCCUAUAGAAAAAAAGACAAGCGAAAUUAAGAUACUCAAAUGAAUAAUAUCCAUCUUGGACAAGAUCAAUUUUCAUAAUUAAUAACACACUUAUUACGGAUAACUUAAUUCAAAUUGAAGAAAUUUAGCAUUAUUUUCGAAAUAAUAAUACUGCUAUUCGAAAUGAUGAAUUAAUAAAUUUAAAUCAAUACUAGAAAAUAGGGCAGAUUCAAAAAAUUGAAUUACAAAAUAAUAAAGUUAUGAAAAUCAAUUCUAUUCAAUUUUUCCAUAUUUCUAAAUAGAUAGUGGUCAAUCUUAUAGAUCAUUUUGAACACAUAGCUAAAGAUUUUAAAAAGGAUUAGGUUAAUGAAAAGAAAAAUUAUGAGAAAAUAGAUAAAAUUGAAAUGAAAGCAACAAUUUUCGAAAUAUUCUGUGAUUAAUUAAAUCUAACUACUGAAUCUCAUUCAUUUGAAUUAAACAUACAUUAUAUUUAAUGCAAAUUGGGAGAUAAGUGUUGUCAUUUGAAAUUAGGUAGAGCUUAUAUAUUAGAUUUGCAUUAGCAGAGUAAAUUUAAGUAUAUGCUUGAUGAGGAAGACUUAAAUGAAUUUGAAGAAGCCAAAAAUGAUUUAAUAAAGGAGAGUCCAUUUUUAGAUUUAUUAAUGUAAUUUGAUCAAAAUAGCCUUGUAUUCAAAUUAUAAUUAAAACCUGUAAGGAUAUGUUUAUCGGGAUAUUAAUUUCAAAUAUUACUAAAAUCCUUCUCAAAAAAAGAGAAGGAAGAAAAUAGUAUAUUUACCAAUAAUAAUGAAGAGGAUGAUGAAUCUUUUGAAAUUAUAAAAUAAGGAGAGCCUUUUAAUUUACAAGUUGAAUUAUUUCCAAUAUAAUUUAUAGUUUCAUUUGACUCAGAAGGUUUAGAUGCCGAGGGAUUUAAAACUCAAGUCUUAAAACUUGGAUCAUUCAAUAAUUUAAUUUUAGCAACUAAUCAGAUAUUGCACUUUUAUUAGUAAAAUUCAACCUCAAAAUAAGAAUUCAUUUAGUUUUUAAUUAGUUAAUAAUUAUCUACUUUUAGGAUCAUAUUUUAAGCAUACAGUACUCUUGAUAUAACUAAAGUUGCUAGUUCAUUUACUGAUGGCAUAAUUAAUAUGUUUAGUAAACCCUUUGUUUCAAACAAUGGCUUUGUAAUAAAUAAUAUGAUAUUGUAGUUGUAUGGUUUAAUUGAGGGAAGUUAUGAUUUCACGUGUGGAGUCACAUCAGCAGUAUUAUAAUUAGCAGCCUUACCUGCUAGUGCUUUAAAUAAUGUUGCAAAUUACAUUGGAUUCGGAGCAAUUUCAAUUCCCUUCUCUUAAUUAGAAGAUUUUUGUAAAAAAUUGUAUUAUAAAAUUAACCCAGAAAAAGGAAUUCCAACUAGGUUUUUCAAAGAUAAAUACUAAUGA